AUGCCAAAGGGAAACAAGAAAACUAAUGAGAAAAAAGAGGAUCUUGAAAAGUUCGCGAAAGAGUUGCAAGGGAGUGAUUCGGACGAGGACGCUGUUGUAAUUGAACAACCAACCGUUGAGCCUAACCCACCACAUAAUGAUAACUCUAGCAAGAAAGUCGAGCUUUCUGCAGCCGAGAAGGAUUUGCUCCGCACUGAACUUGAUAAGACCGAAGAAGAAAUCUCCACAUUGAAGCAAGUGUUGGCUGCCAGACAGAAGCAUUCUGCUGAACUCAAGCGCAAGCUCGGACUAACUCCAUUCUCGGAACUCUCCCAAGACCUCAACCGUAGCUUGAAGACUGUCACUGAAACUGAAGCAUUCCAAAAGACUGCGGAGGUUGCAUCCGCCACAUCGGACACCGUUAAGGAGAAAUGGAAUGACAUGAGAAACUCGUCCCUCUUCAAGUCAUUUGAAUCAAAACUCGGAACUGCUUACAACUCGGCUAAAAUGGCUGCUUCCACGUCGAUCGACCACUUGGCCGGAGCUGCUCGUACCCCAACUCAGACCGGGACACCAGUUGGCGAGGAAGCCAAGCCAAUUUCCUAA